CAAAAGCCGUCCAUUGAGAUUUGUUUGUGUUCGAUAUAACAGUGGAAUACUGUCAUGUUCAAAAUGGUCGUGGUGGACAUCAUGCUAAAGGCACUCUGCGUGUCGCUUUGUCUAGCGUCAUCUUUACCAGAUCAAACCGAGGAGGGCGUCCCAGACUUCAUAGAACACGUGCUCCGGAUUCCGAACCCUGACAAAGUGCUAAAUUCCGUUCUAGCUGUGUUGGAGGGAAACAGGCAGGGAACCAGGCGCAGGGUCUCUGACCUUGCUGAAGGUGUUGACUGUGAAGACUCUUUGGAGACCUUACCUGAAUAUACCGAAUCUUUGGAAGACUCCAGAGAGCGGGAAAUGAGGCAAUUAGUUGUGCAGAAGCACUAUCCCAUCUGCCACAUAGAGAGGAAAAUCAGAAAAUUGAAUACGAACGAGUAUGAGUACAGGCCGGCGUAUUAUGAGGAGGUAAAAUGCAUAUCCACUGAAGAAAAGGGCAUUGAAAAGGGCAGAAGCAAUGAGAUCUGCUCCAGCUUAGGGUUUACUUGCAUUCAAUGGAAUAAAACUAUUCAUUUAACAAGAAGACGAUAUACAAGUGACUGCUGGGAGACUAGGACAAUGGUGAUCCCAGCCGGGUGCGAAUGCAUGUGGCCGGUGCAUAGGCUUGGAGACAUGACGCUGCACGUGUAAAAUUUAACAUUUAAUCAAAAAACUACUUAUACUAACUAGUAAUAUUAAUAAUCUUAUAAAUAUAUGUAAGAAUAUCAUGCCUUUUUGUUAAUAAGUUAUUAAGUUACAAUAA